AUGAUCGGCCUGCGCAACGCCUUCGUUUUCAGCACUCUGCUGCUGGGCGCGCUCAGUUCGCCCGCCCACGUUCCAGAAGAUGACAAUGCAUUAAUCAACUGGGACGCGUUCCAAUCUUUACUCGACACCGUCGAUCCUGCGGCCCUGCAUUCCGUCCUCCACUCCCUCUCCCCGAAAUUCCAAGAUGGUGUCUUCAGCAAGGACCGUGCAGCCAUUGAGCACGUCCACUCCGAGAAUCCCGUUAUCGCGAGCAAGCUAGUACAUUUGGCAAAGAAGAGGCAGUCAAGCAACUCGACCACUACCGCCUCGACGACACCCUCCACUCCUGCACAGAGUAGUGCUGCGUCGGAAUCAAGCUCCCGGGCAGCCAGUGUCUCUUCCAUCCUGUCGUCUGCCAUCUUCGCAUCAACCGUACCAGGAGCCACCACGGUGACGGUGCCGCCGACGGCCCCGCCCUCUGCCACUCCCGUCGAGACUUCUGAUGGUGCUGUCGUUUUCAGCACAGUCGGGGGUGGACUGGUGACCCUCACAUCCUCUGCUUUGAGUGUCCACUUCACUCCCAGCACGUCCACCCAGCUCUACUACACAACCGCCGGCGACGGAAGUGUUCAAACGUCGACCUCAGUGGUGGUGGUCAAUGCGCCAGUGACAGACAGUGGUGAUGCCACUGGCGCCGCCGGUGCCGCAACCACCACCGGCAGCCCCGGAUUGCAGAAUGGCGGUUCUUCGAUAAGAAUGGGAGGUCUCGCCUCUGUAUUUGCUGGUCUGGGAGGAUUCCUCUUCCUGGCACUGUAG